AUGGAUACUGACACCGAGAUGGACAGUUACACUUUCCUAGCUAAGAGCUUGUUUGAUUCAAACGAUUUGAAAGCAAAAAGGCAUGAAAAGUAUGUCAUGGCAUAUGAAAUCCUACAGCUCCCACAACUUACCCUAGCCGACACGAUCGCCGACGUCUCUCCGUUCAUCCCAAUCGUCCUCUAUCUCUCCAAGCAUAAAUUUUACCAUUGGUGCCACCUCUUUCAUGUUCAUCUCGGUCGCUGCGGUCUCCACGAUCACAUCAACCUCGUCUCGACAUCAUGGCCCACCGAUCCACACUGGGUCAAGGAUGACCUCACCGUCAUUCAAUGGAUCUACACCAGGAUUUCCACCGAGCUCUUCAACCUGGUCUCCACCGACAACGCCACGGCUGCCCAACUAUGGGUCGCUCUUCAGCAGUUCUUUCAGGACAACUCCGACUCGCGCGUCAACGCUCUUCACAUCGAGCUCCGCACCAGCACUCAAGGCGACUCCCCCGUCACCGUCUUCUGCCAACGCAUCAAGGCCAUCGGUGACGAACUUCGGGAACUCGGUGAUCACGUCGACGACCGCACCCUUAUCAACGCCCUUCUUGUUGGUCUCAGCGAUAAAUUUGAGAAGCAAGUCGCCUUCAUCCCGCUGCUGAAACCUUACCCAACUUUCGCUGAAGUGUGA